GCUCGUUCUCAAUGAACGCGGAGCAGUCAGAUGCACGAGUUUCUCUUGUUGUGUGCAUUGUGUUGCGUGCAUUGUGUUGCGUGCGUGUCAAUAGGAGGUGGAUCAGGCGCACCGGGAGGCCGUGCCAGAUUCCGCGCGAGCAAUUGGCUGCUCCUGAAUUUUGCUGUCAGCUCGCGCACGCCACGCACUCAGGAUGUCACCGGUAGAUUAGCGAGAUCAUCCACACGCGCAGUCCAGGAUAGAGCGCGUCGCGUGCAACGAGACACAGACAGUGAGAGAGAGAGAGAGAGAUUAACGGUAACCGGAGAGAUGACGGAGACACGGAUGUCGCGCUGGUAUUUCGGGGGGAUCGCGUCGUGCGGAGCCGCCUGCUGCACGCACCCGCUGGACCUGGUCAAGGUGCACCUGCAGACACAGCAGGAGGUGAAGAUGAGGAUGGUUGGCAUGGCGAUGCACGUGGUGAAGAACGACGGUGUGCUGGCGCUUUACAACGGCCUCAGCGCUUCGCUCUGCAGACAGAUGUCGUAUUCUCUCACCAGGUUUGCCAUCUAUGAGACGGUCAGAGACAUGAUGGGCAGCGGCGGUCAGGGACCAAUGCCUUUCUAUCAGAAAGUCCUGCUGGGCGCGUUCGGAGGCUUCACCGGCGGUUUCAUCGGGACUCCGGCAGAUAUGGUUAACGUUCGGAUGCAGAACGAUAUGAAGCUUCCUGCGGAGCAGAGGAGAAACUAUAAACACGCGCUGGACGGACUCUUCAGGGUCUGGCGGGAAGAGGGAACCAGGAGGCUGUUCUCAGGAGCCACUAUGGCGUCCAGCAGAGGAGCCCUGGUCACUGUCGGACAGCUGGCGUGUUAUGACCAGGCCAAGCAGCUGGUGUUGGGCACAGGACUCAUGGGAGAUAACAUCCUCACACACUUCCUGUCCAGCUUCAUCGCUGGAGGUUGUGCGACAUUCCUCUGCCAGCCGCUGGAUGUAAUGAAGACGAGAUUGAUGAACUCUAAAGGAGAAUACAGAGGUGUGAUUCACUGCCUGACUGAAACUGCCAGACUGGGACCACUAGCCUUCUACAAGGGUUUAGUUCCGGCCGGUAUCCGCUUGAUUCCUCACACGGUCCUGACGUUCGUCUUCCUGGAGCAGCUGAAGAAAUACUUCGGCAUCCGGGUGGUCAGCUGAACUUUGACAUCUUGACCUUUUCCCUUUGGCCUCCUCUCGAAGCUGCACUCACUUCCACAAUAUUAUUUCUGGAAAGUCUCACACUACACACAAUGCUGCCCGGCCAACAUAACGAAAGAUGAUCCUCACUAUCCGAGUGCCAAACCCGUCACGACGCUCUUCUCUUCAGGGUGAGCUUUAGAUUAUAGAUGUUCUAGUUGAUGUUCUAGUUUAUGAAUUCAUGUUUCUGAUUAUUAUUUCUCAAGCUGUUCUUAAAUCCUUCUUUUGCAACGAGACGUUUUAAAGGAAUAGUUCACUCGUUAUCUCAUCAUUUACUCACCCGCACGUUGUUCUAAACCUGUACAAUGUUCUUUAUGCUGAACAUGUGUUUUUGUUUUCCUCGGAAUAGUGUUCGAUUAAAUAGUUUUGUUAGGGUGAGUAAAUUCUAUCAGAUUGUUUUUGCCGUGUGAACUCUUUCUUUAAGACAUAAGACGCACACAAACAAAGCGGUUCAUAUUGCUUUAAGUGUGGUUACGUUCAGUCUGUAUGUAUUGUGUUCAACUGUUUUAAUGGCACAGAUACUGUAUCAUCAACUAUUUUCUGGAUUUUAUCUUAUGAGGGGACGGAAUAAAACCAAGUUAUACGUUCAUAUCCAAAAUGUGGCACAUCAGAGAAGAGAAGAAAACAUUAAACAACAGAGCGAUGGGGAUCUGCAAUGUGAAAGACGAGUCAAACUUCUGUACUUGGUGCUAUGCUUUCAUUUUUCAUGAUGUUUCUGUUCUUUUUGUAAUAUUUCUGCUGGGAAACUCACGGACCCUGCCUCAUCUGUGACUGAAAUAACGUUAGAUCUACUGUAAGUUCUGCAAAUGUGCUUGUAGUUGUUUUAGGGUUGAGGUAAUAGGGGCAUUUAGUGAAUAAGUUGCACAAAUGACUUGUAGUAAUUCAGUUUUGUGGUUUGGUCCUGAAUAUCUGGAUUUAUCCUGAACUAAAGCAUAUAUAAUAACACAAAAUGUAUCACAAAUUUAGUUUAAACUUAAUAUUUUAGAUUAAGCUGGUAAAUUACCAUAUUGGUAUAUGCUUAAAAACUGGCUAUUUUUUGUUGAUGAUUUCACACGGAGAAUGAAAUUGAACACUGCAGAAGCCGUGUCUGUCGGUGUUCAGCAGAGGGCGCUGUCAGGCACUGAAUGUGGCCCUUGUGUGCAUCGAGCGCUUGCAGAUGUGGGUACGAACAGUUUUUUAUUCUACAAAUUUAUUUGUAAUUUAGGGUUUGAAAAUGGAAUUUAGGGUUAUUGUAAUUUAGGGUUUGUGAAAAUCAAAUGCUUGAACUGAAUGGAACUGAGCUGCUCUCUGUCUCGAGAAAACUGCAAAUAUUAAACUAAGUGCGAUGUAAAACUGGACUAAACUGCAAUGUUGUCUCCUCAGAACGAUAUUUUGUCUGAAAUGAAAAUAUGUGGAAAUAAAAGUACUAACACAAGAAAA